AUGUGCCCCCCCCCACCCCCAGCGCCGACGACAGCAGCGCGAACAGCAGCAGCAACAACAGCAGCAGCAGGACCCCCGGCGCUGCUGCUUUGCUGUCCGUGGUCGCUGCAGGAGCAAAUCCUGCUAUGCGCGCAGCAGCUGCAGCAGCAGCUGCAGCAGCAGCAGCAGCAGCAAAUUGUUUCUUCCUUAUCUCUUUCAAUUUUUAUGGCUCACAACUCCCUGCAGCUCAGGAAGGUUUCCUUAUCUGCUGCUGCGUUGACAGCAGCAGCAGCAGCAGCGGGAGGCACUUCUCCUGACCCCGACAGCAGCAGCAGCAACUGGGGCCUUACGACACGCGUUGCUUCGUUUGUUCCGCUGCAGCAGCAAGCCGAGGCGGAGCAGCAGCAGGCAGCUGGCUGUCUGCGGGAGCCCCAGAAUACUGCAGCAGCAGCAGCAGCUGCUGCUGCUGCUGCUGCAGAGGACCAUCAUGCACAGGACUACAGCAGCGACAGCUGCAGCAACAGGAGCGUAUCUCCUGAUUCGCAGCAGCAGCAGCAGCAGCAGCAGCGGAAGAAGGAGGGUCUGAAGUCUUCGUUGGCGCAUGCAGCAGCAAGUUUGCUGCAGCGCUUCUCCCGCAGCAGCACGCGCGACCCCUCCUGGUGUCAGCAGCAGCAGCAGCAGCAGGCGGGCCUGCGGCUGCUGCAGCGAGAGGCCGCGCUGGAAGUAGCAGCAGCAGGCGCAGCAGCAGCAGCAGCCACCCCACACUGCGACGGAACCGGCCCCUCGACGGACCCCUUAACAAGCAGCAGCAGCAGCAGCAACAGCAGCAGCAGCAGCAGCAGCAGCAAAACAGGAGACGCCUUUUGCAAGCCCAGGGGCGUUAUUGCUAUUGUGGGGUCUGCUGCUGUUGGUGGCUCUUCGCUGCAGGCAGCAGCAGCAGCAGCAGACGCAAUUCGAGCUGGCUGCUGCUGCUGCAUCAUACACCUCAGUGCGCACGGGGACACUCCAAAUUUGCUGCGCCUUUACCAGCCGCAGCAGCAGCAGCAGCAGCAGCAGCAGCAGAUGGAGCGGAUGCUGCUGCUAAGCGGCAGCGGACUUAUCGUCGGGCAGCCAGAAGACGAAAUACGGGCUGCUUUAGAAGUUAUAAACGAAGACUGCCCAGGGCUACCGCUGGCUGUUGUCUCUUUGGGGGACUCAUUUGCUGCUGUUGUGAAGGCCCUGACUCUGGCCCCCAAAGCGCCCUUUGCUGCUGCUGCUGCUGCUGCUGCUCCUGCUGCACUUAACUUCCAGCGGGGCAUGGGGCCCCCCGAGCA